GACGGGGCGGAGAGGAGCACGGCGGGAGGAGGAGUAGGAGGAGGGGGCUGGUCAAGGGAAGUGCGACGUGUCUGUGGAGCCUUUUUAUACCUCCUUCUCGGGAGUCCGGCAGUAGCCACUGCCGCCGCCACCGAGCGUCCUAGCGCUUCCGCUCCCAGGAGCUGGGCUCCGACUUCCAGCGCGCCGGGCAUCGCCGCAGCCAGCCAGCAUGUCGUCCGGGGUCAAGAAACAGAAGACGGAGACCCAGCAGAAAUCCACCAAUGUUGUGUAUCAGGCGCAUCAUGUGAGCAGGAAUAAGAGAGGGCAGGUGGUUGGAACAAGGGGUGGAUUCCGAGGAUGUACCGUGUGGCUGACAGGUCUCUCUGGUGCUGGAAAAACAACGAUCAGUUUUGCUCUGGAGGAGAAUCUCGUCUCCCACGCCAUCCCUUGCUACUCCCUCGAUGGGGACAACGUCCGUCAUGGCCUCAACAAAAACCUUGGAUUCUCUCCUUGGGACAGAGAAGAAAACAUCCGCCGGAUUGCUGAGGUGGCCAGGCUGUUUGCCGACGCUGGUCUGGUCUGCAUUACCAGCUUCAUUUCUCCUUUUGCAAAGGAUCGUGAGAAUGCCCGCAAAAUCCAUGAAUCUGCAGGACUGCCAUUCUUUGAGAUAUUUGUAGAUGCGCCUCUAAACAUUUGUGAAAGCAGAGAUGUAAAAGGUCUCUACAAACGGGCCCGAGCUGGGGAGAUCAAAGGGUUUACGGGUAUUGAUUCCGAUUAUGAGAAACCUGAAACUCCUGAGCUUGUGCUUAAAACCAAUUUGUCCUCGGUGAGCGACUGUGUGCAGCAGGUGGUGGAACUUCUACAGGAGCAGAACAUUGUACCCCACACUAUAAUCAAAGGCAUCCACGAACUCUUUGUGCCAGAAAACAAACUCGACCAAGUCCGAGCUGAGGCCGAAGUGCUCCCUUCGUUAUCAAUUACCAAGCUGGAUCUUCAGUGGGUCCAAGUUUUGAGUGAAGGCUGGGCCACUCCCCUCAAAGGUUUUAUGCGGGAAAAGGAGUACUUGCAGGUUAUACACUUUGGCACCCUGCUAGACGACGGAGUGAUCAACAUGAGCAUCCCCGUCGUGCUGCCCGUCUCUGCGGACGAUAAGACGCGGCUGGAAGGGUGCAGCGAGUUUGUCCUGACACACGGAGGACGGAAGGUGGCUAUCUUACGAGACCCUGAAUUCUACGAACACAGAAAAGAGGAGCGUUGUUCGCAUGUGUGGGGCACAACCUGUGCAAAACACCCCUACAUCAAAACCCUGGUAUCAACCAUUCUAUUUUCUAUGAAGUUGACUACUUUAGAUACCCAUAUGGUGAUGGAAAGUGGGGAUUGGCUGGUUGGUGGUGACCUUCAGGUGCUGGAGAGAAUACGGUGGAAUGAUGGGUUGGACCAAUACCGCCUGACACCUCUGGAGCUCAAACAGAAAUGUAAAGAAAUGAAUGCUGAUGCAGUGUUUGCAUUCCAGUUGCGCAAUCCUGUCCACAACGGCCACGCUCUGCUGAUGCAGGACACCCGCCGCCGGCUCCUGGAGAGAGGCUACCAGCACCCGGUCCUCCUGCUGCACCCCCUGGGCGGCUGGACCAAGGAUGACGACGUGCCCCUGGACUGGCGGAUGAAGCAGCACGCGGCCGUGCUCGAGGAGGAGGUUCUGGACCCCAGGUCCACCGUCGUGGCCAUCUUCCCAUCGCCCAUGUUGUAUGCGGGCCCCACAGAGGUCCAAUGGCACUGCAGGUCCCGGAUGGUUGCAGGGGCCAAUUUCUACAUUGUGGGCCGGGACCCUGCAGGAAUGCCCCACCCUGAGACCAAGAAAGACCUGUAUGAACCUACUCAUGGGGCCAAGGUCUUGACCAUGGCCCCUGGCCUCACCUCUGUGGAAAUCAUUCCAUUCCGAGUGGCUGCCUACAACAAAGCCAAAAAAGCCAUGGACUUCUAUGACCCAGCAAGGCACAAUGAGUUUGACUUCAUCUCAGGAACUCGUAUGAGGAAGCUGGCCCGGGAAGGAGAGAAUCCCCCAGAUGGCUUCAUGGCCCCCAAAGCAUGGAAAGUCCUGACAGAUUAUUACAGGUCCCUGGAGAAGAACAACUAAAUGCCCUUUAGCACCAGAGUUUCUUUCUGAAGUGCUCUGUGAUUUCUUUUUCUAUUUUUGUGAUUAGAUGCUUUGUAUCCAAUUGCUUCUCAAUGAUUGACUUUAAAGUUAAUGUUUUAUAAUGAGGUAAAAAUGUUCUCUAUAAUUUAAAGUCAACAUAUAUAUACACACACACACACGUGUGUGUGUGUGUGUGUGUGUGCAUAUAAAGUAAAACUGAAGACCAAACCUUAGCAGGUAAAAGCGAUAUUAUCAUUUCAGAAUGAAAUUUUAGUUGUAUUUUCUACUGCGUCUGAGCAGUAGGUCCCAGAUUUCGUAAAGCUUUGACCAUGUGUCUAGUUUACUUGCCAAAAAGUAAAGCAUGUCUCCCAGCUUAAGUCUUGCCAACCUGCAUUCUCCCAUGUCAUAUACCAGUAGUAAAAGAAAUCAGAUGGGCAGCCCCUUCUAUACAGUUGACAAAAAAAGAAAAAGAAAAGAAAAUCUCACCCCAAAUGAGGAGUGGCUCAUGUCAAGAUUCUUGCCAGUAUUUCCCUCGUGCCCGUAUCCAGCCUUACUGCCCAGUAUCUUAGGUGCUGAAGUAUGACCUGACUGGAGAAACCAAAUGUGUGAAAAUGUGAAGUUAAUCUCAGAGAUCUAUGCAACCUAGUUCUGCCACGGAAGUUAUAUUAUCUAAGAAGAAGAGAAGUCUUAAUAUUUUUCUGUGAAUAACAUAACUCCAGUUAAACGGUGUCUUUUAAUUAAAUAGCAUACAGGGCUUUGAUGAAAAGAUUUGCACCCACGCCUCAAUCUGGCAAUGUUGUGGAGAGUUCAAUUUUUCUCCUCUUUGCUGUGGUCAUUGUGUCUAUGGAGAGGCUGCGCCUAUUACCUGCAGCGGCAUCAGCUGUGACCGAAAACAGUUCAGACCAUCAGACUAGCGAGCUGCUGGAACCGGACAAAAACGCAGGAAGCUCCAAACUUUUCAUCUUACAGGUGACCAAACUAAGACGAUGCACAAGCACAGGCUUCAUGAGCUAUGAGCACUGUAACAAAAGUGCCAAAUUGGCAUUUUGGAAGUGCUGGUGGCACUGAACGAGCACCCAGGCCCCUUGACUCCCAGGCUGGUGCUCUGUCUACCCUGUACAACACAGGAGCUGGACCUGGUUUCCCUCAACUGCCUAACAAAACUCCUUGAACAGAGGGCACUUACCAGUCUUCUUGGAUGCUGUAAGGUCUGGAGUUUUCUAAACCCAGCUGAUUUUAUUGCAGUUGAAAAAAAUACUUUCCCAAAGACUCAUGCUGUUCUGAAACAUGCAACCUCUGAUGGCUUUACUUUCUGGGAGGCAAUCUUGCACCUUCUGCAUAAUUCCUCGUUACUAAGGAAUGUAUGAAGAAAUAGUACCUUUUGUACAUAGGUCUCUCUGGAAGAGACUUAAGACUGGAAAGAGAAAACUGUGAUUUUUUUUCAUACUCAGUUUUGUUUUUUUAAAUGCUAAACCAAGCUAAUGAAAGUUCUUUUGAGAAUAAAUCACAGUGGCCACAGCAAAGUAUGACUAUCUUUAAUAGCACACUGCCUAUAUUCAUUUAAUCAGAGGUCCUUACUGCCUUUUUAAAAAACAGCAUAUUUAUUGAAAACAUGAGACAAGAUGUAGGUGCCUUAAACAAUGUAUUUUGUGAUUUUUUAAUAUAUUUAAAACUGCUCUUCUGCUUGAGUACCACUUAGUGCAAAUGAUUAUUUCUAUGUACAACUGAUGCUUGUUCUUAUUUUAAUAAAUUUCUCAAAAUGAA